AUGUAUAACUUUUGGAUAAUCGUUUUAUGUCUAGGAUUAUUAGCAACCAAGCCAAUAAAUGGACAAUCUGAGCUGGAUGUGCAAUUAGUGGUGCCGCGGUAUGUGGAGCGCGGCUCCAGCGCCACGAUGAAAUGCAAGCACAAUGUGCGACCGGAAAUACUUUAUAAGGUGACGUGGCUCAAAGUUGACAAGGGUAAAUUYUUCGAAUUCAUAAAUGGACGGAAUCCGCCAUUCCGGAAUACAUCCAUUGGCGGCGGUGAAAUUGAUUGGGAAAAUUCCAACGAGACGCAGGUGACGUUGAAAAAUGUUGACUUUGAAUUGUCGGGGCAAUUCUUCUGUGAGGUUUCAACGGACGCGCCUAUCUACACCGAGGCGUCRGUGGAUGAAUUAUUAUCAGUAUUCUUGCCGCAAACUGGACCGCCCAUAAUAAAAUUCCGGAAGCGAAUGCCAUUUGUCAUCGGCGAAAAGUUAUUUGCUUUAUGCAACACGACRCGCGCAUUCCCAGCACCGCAUAUCACGUGGCUCAUCAAUGGCAAGAAGGUGAGUGGACAGUUUAACGAUUUCACUUCGCACAGCUCAUACCAUCAUGAUGGUCAUCAUCAUUCUGCGAACAUUUACAAUAAUCCCUUCAGCUCCUUGGCCAACAUGCACGAAGUUUAUGAUAACCAUGAGAUUCAUCAGCGGAACUACGACAAUAAACCGAGGGAAUCGAAGAAGCAUAGAAACUCAUCAAAACAGAAAUAUCGACGGCACAUCAACGAGAAUGCUCUCGGCAUAAUACGCAGCACACUGAAUAGCGGCGGUUUUGGCCCACAGCCGCCUAACCUCAACAACGAGCUCGGCAUACCAGCGAAUGCAGGACCGAUGAGUCAACUAGCCGCCGGCUAUGGACGUCCCAUUUCGCAUGCCGGCGGUGGCAUGGGUGUGGCAGCAGCAGCUGCUGCCGUUGCGGCAGCGACUAAAGAGCGUGGCAUGUUCUCGCUUAGCCAACUCAAUAUAGACUUGGAGGAGGCGCAUAACAAUAAUGGACGCAUGGAGCUGACGUGCUUGUCCACAAUACCAUCAGCCAUAGGUCAAGGAGAGCAGUUUGCUGAUUACAAGACGUACUCGGUAAAAGUUGAACUCAUGCGAGCGGAAACUUCUUCGACAACAACAACGGCGCCCAGCAUAGGGAUGGCAGCAUUAGGGAAUGGCGCYUCACAUGCCGCAGAAACAGCGGCGGCGGGACGACCAACAAUGAGUCUAACAUUCGGCACCCGCUACACAUGGGUCACAGUGGCAACGCUGGCAGCUGUGUUGCAGAUGUUGCGCUAUUGA